CUGCGUUGCAGUGACCUUGCGCACGUGAGUUGUCCACGUCGCGUCAAACUGUUUACAUUCAGCUUGACAUAUUCACAAUUUAAGGACAAUUAUUAAUUAUUUGUGCAAAAAUGAAGGACUGGAUUGAAUAUUUUAAAAACAUUCCUACCCAUAUGGACUAUGAAGGACAAGCCAGGGCGGAGAAAUACUUCAGGAUUAUUAUUACACUUUUCGGGAUGAUUGGAUUUAUUUGGGGAUACGUGGUUCAACAAUAUUCGCAAACAAUUUACAUUCUCGGCGCUGGUUUUCUAUUGGCGGCAAUUAUCACAAUUCCACCUUGGCCCAUGUACAGAAGGAAACCAUUGGACUGGCAAAAACCACAAAGUGAAACAUCCACCAAAGUUAAGAAGAAGAAAUAAUAGUCCGAAUUUUUGAAAAUUAUCGACAUUGUAAAGUCAAAUGCAAUUUUAAUUUUUUUCAAAUUUUA